GGCUGAUCCUUCAGGCUUUGUUGAGAUAGGGAAGCCAUUUUGGGAUCUUGCAGCAGUGUGGAAUAGCAGAUCCUGUCAACUUGCAAACUUCCUCUUUUUCCCACCACCACAGCUGGAUAUGCAAGGACUUGGCAUGUAGCGGUGUGUCUUCAUUCCCUAGAACAUGUGUCGCAGAGGCUCCAGGAACCUGGAAAGCUAGUAUGAUCUGAAACCCUGAGAAUGGAUUAUUCCCAUCUACACACCUAUGCGCCUCCCCAGCAUGUCCCAGAAAAUACUGGGUACACGUAUGCAUUAAGCUCCAGUUACUCUUCAGCUGCGUUGGAUUUUGAGAACUUGCAUAAGUUGGAUCCAGUAUUUGAUUCUCCAAGAAUGUCACGGCGUAGUCUCCGCUUGACUACAACCAGCUUUCCCGAUGAUCGUCACAAUGAAAGUAUUGCCUCAAACAUCUCCUAUUCUGGAGGUGUCUCUGACAGAUCGCUUAGCAGGUCUUUCAGACAGCAGCAUAACACCAGCAGACAAUCCUCAAGCAGCCAUCAUCGUUCUGCAUCAUUGAAAGCAGCGUCAAAUACAUCCUUGCAAAGUAGCUUUAGCUCUCAUCUCUCUGAUGCCUCCAUGUUGUCCAAUAUGCUGGAUGAAUCAUCAAUACGAGAGCAGACAGAAGUGAAUAAUUUAUGGGGUCUUGAUGAUGAUGACCCAAAAGCUGGGGACACAACAGUCAUUCAGGCCAAUGGAGAUGUCCUCUCUGCAGAAACACAGACAACCCUAAUAAACGGCUACACUUGCAGUGACUGUAGCAUGCUGUCUGAUAGAAGUAAUGUCCUCACAGCGUUCUCAGCAACUCGCUCGCCUGCUUCGUCCACAUACACAACAUCUAAUAAAGUAUACACUCAGAACAGGAGCCAAAAGCACAAAUCAAGAGAAUUGCCUUACAACGCACACAGGACAAUGGUAUUGGCCAAAAGUGCUGUGGCCACCAUGGCAGCGCUGCUUGUGAGAGUCUAUCAUAUGGUCAUGCUGAAGCUUGGUUAUGAACAAAAAGCUCACUCCAGUUACUGUGGAAGUAUGAAUGUGGCAGAAUAUCAAACUGAGGAUCGACACCUCCAUAUAAAUGGAGAAUCCAUAUGUGACGACUGUAAGGGGACAAAACGGGAAACGCACAUCACCACUGUGCACACACAGUCCUCCUCAUGGGCUAAAAGGGUGACGGGAAAGUUGUGGCACAUCUUUUCUUACACAGGUUAUUACUUAAUGCAAGCUGCGCGCAGUAUUGGAGCUGCUGGAUGGUUUGUAUCCAGGAAGGUGUUGUCGUUUCUUUGGUUGGCCAUUGUAUCACCAGGAAAGGCUGCAUCUGGAAUAUUUUGGUGGCUGGGCACAGGCUGGUACCAGCUUACUACACUCGUCUCCUUGCUUAAUGUAUUUCUUCUGACUAGAUGCCUUCCAAAAGCUUUCAGAUUGUUACUCCUUUUGAUCCCCUUACUUCUGCUAUUGGGUCUCUGGUGGUGGGGCUUUGAUACCUUGCUUGCCAUGCUGCCAGCGCUCAGCGGAUUUACGUUGUAUUCAACACAAACCGAAGAUCCUAUUCCCAGCCUGAAGCCAAUGUCAGAUAUAUAUGUAUCUUCUGAUCAUGAAAAGAAGGAAUUGAACCUUCAGUUUGAUGAUCGAAUGAAGGCACUGGAAAAGAACUUUGGGUUAAUGACUGCCCAUCAUGAUUAUCAUUUGGAAGAUUACAAGAAACUGAAAGUUCUGGUUGUGGAUAUUCGAGAACAGAUGGGACAGAUGAGUGACAAAGGUCACACGUCAAGUGUAAUUGCCAGCCUUCUCGAUGAGCGCUUUGCCAAAAUGAAAUUGGACUUGCAUGAAAAAACAACGGAUGAGAACUCCAUCAAUAAAAAUCAUGAGGCUCGCAUCCUUCACUUGGAAUCUUUAUUGACCAAACUAUCAGAGGCCAUUGAGGAAGACCGGAGGCGUGCGCAGACUAAUACUAGCGAAGGGCAAAUUCAAGAUCAAAGUUUACUACGGAGAAGAAUUGAAAGUCUGGAGAGAGAAUUUGCAGAAUACAAAGGAGAGUUCCUAAAAGGACAGAUGGCAAAGUCUAGUUGUGAUCUACCAGACUGUGUUCUUCAGAAGGUGGAUGCCAGAGUUAGAGAAUCUGUCCAAAUGAUGUUUGGAAGUCAGGCAGAUCUGCCAGAGUCCUUGCUACAGUGGCUUUCCACAAACUAUGUUAGUAAUGUAGAUCUUGGUACCAGACUGCAAAAACUAGAACUCCAGAUCUUGAGGAGUAUCACUCACCAGAUCUCCAUCACAAAGAAGGUGCCCACAGCUAAAGUGGUGGAAGGGGCAGUAAUUGGAAGUGUCUCUGGUAUUACGGAGGAGGAUGCACGUGUUCUAGUGAAUAAUGCACUAAAGCUUUACUCUCAAGAUCGUACUGGCAUGGUGGAUUUUGCACUGGAAUCUGGAGGCGGCAGCAUCUUGGGUACCCGUUGUUCAGAAACCUAUGGAACAAAGACGGCACUCCUAAGUUUGUUUGGAAUUCCAUUAUGGUAUUUAUCUCAGUCUCCUAGAGUGGUAAUACAGCCUGACAUGUAUCCUGGGAACUGCUGGGCAUUUAAAGGCGCUCAAGGAUUUCUGGUUGUGCGACUAUCAAUGGCAAUUUUACCAACAGCUUUCUCAUUGGAACACAUUUCCAAGUCUCUCUCCCCCACUGGAAACAUCACAAGUGCACCCAAGGAUUUUGCUGUAUAUGGGUUGGAAAAUGAGUAUCAGGAAGAUGGGACACUGUUGGUUCAGUCAAUUUAUGAUGAAGAGGGAGAGCCUCUGCAAACAUUUUACGUGAUGGUAGAAAACGAGAAGCCUUUUCAAAUUGUGGAGCUACGAAUCCUGUCCAAUUGGGGUCAUGCAGAUUACACUUGUCUUUAUCGUUUCCGAGCUCAUGGGACCCCAAUGAAGUAAAGGCAGAACAUUUGUCCUCUGUGUACAUAUCAUUUUUUUUUUAUUUGUGUAAAUACUUCAAACCUGGAACACUGGAAUAAGUCAGGAACACAAGCAGGAGGGAUGUUUCUUCGGAUCCCUUUCGAUGCCAAAAUUGGAAAACAAUUUGAUAUACUUAGAUGUUGCCAGUUUGCUUGACAAAAUGCUGCAUGCAUAUAUCGCUCAGGAUUGAACGUCCAGUAAGCAGUAGACCUAGCACAUUCUUUGGGAGCCAAAAUUUAAAGGGUACAUUUAUUGAUAGUAUGCUGCAGAUCUGUAGUUAAAGCCAAAUCUCUGCUGCGAAAUUCAAAUGCAUGAUGUUUCGGGCUCUGACAUAGGUUAAGAUCACUAAUUUCAUUAGGUAAGGGCAACAAUGAGCCUUGUGUGUAAUGGAAAGGGGACUAUUGCCCAUGGCAGCAAGAUUUUUAUUUUUAACCUCUGCUGAAAAUAAGAGCGACAGUCUGGCUGUCAUGGGCAUAAUAGCACUCGUUUCCAAUAACAUUUACAUAAUAUGGAAAGUUCCUAGUCAUUCAUCUUUAUUACAAAACAUUUUUUUAAAUGUUUGCAAAGGGCUGCUGUGGAAUAGAGUAGUAUAGAACUAACCAAAGUGUGUCUCGGGUUCUUUUCCAUUUACCAAAAAAUAAAUAAAAAAUGUAUGCAGUCUGUAGAAUUGAGGUGGGUAGAAUGUUUUCAUUUAUUGCUACCCCCAUUUCACAUGUAUUCAGCUGUUAAGGGGCUAUUUCAUGGGAGGAUCAUGCAGGCCGCUAUUGAUGAAGUCUUCUCUGGGAAUGCCAGUUUCCUGGUUGUCGUUGUGAUGCUUUUGGCUUCAAUGCUCAGAGCAGUGAGCUGCCUCCAGUAUGUGGAAGUGUACCAGGAUGGAAACUUUUCAGCUGAAUAUUAUGAACAUGAAAUGGAGUAUAUUACUAUUUUAAACUUGCCUCCUGCCAAAGUACACUUUAUUUGUAAGGUCACGUUAACCCCGGUCAUUGGACUGCUUUCAUUGUCUUUUGGUGUGCUUGCUGUGGGUGGCUUCAGAGGGAACCUUUUUGUGAACACAGAAACCAUACGCCUAAAGUGCACACUCACUGCGCCAUAUUCUGCAUGCACUACCAAAUUGCUUUUAACAAAAGUAAACAGUCGUUUUAGAUUGUUUAGUGACUUACAGCAAGCAAACCACAAUGUACACAGUUCUUUUACUUGUGUGCUACUUUUCAGUUCUUCUUAAAUAGUAGCCAGUAUAGGGGAAAUAAAAAGCACCCAAGAUUUCUUCCCAGGACUGGUAAAUCUUAAUCAAUGUCCUUGCACAGUGUAUUCAAUAAUGGUAUUCUAUAAAACUGGCGCAACAGGACGAGUAAAAGAGUUGCCCACAGCAACCACUUGCAUUCCAACUGCUGAAUUGGAAAGAUAAAAUGACUGGUACGAACACUGGAGUUUUCUUUUGUUCCAGCUUUACAAAUAUGUUGGUAAAAUUUAUGGAUAUGGUUCACGUUUACUGGAAAAGGGGAAGAAGCACUGAAUAUUCGUAUUUUACUUUACAACCCCCAGCAAUAUCUUCUUGUUUUUUUCAAUUUUCUCUAGGGAAAGUUGGCGUGUCUGCCUCCUGUAGAUUUCUUUUACUUAUGUGCGUGUAUUUUAAAUUAUUUUGAAAGCUAGCCAAACAACAAAUGUCAAAUAUAUUUUUAUGUAUAUAUUUAUAGAAAUGUUUUAUAAGUUCAGAGCCUCAGUUUUCAGCUACAUCUUGUAUAGUUACAACACUAAGCUAAAGUAAAAUACUACUCCGCCUAUAAUGGAUUUCUAUUUCUAGUGGAGUAGGACAAAGUUUGAUCUCCCGGCUGGCUUUUUUUUGUUUACCGAUGUCUAAGACCACGUAAGACAUACUAAGACACUCCCCCCCCCCCCCCCCCUCUCAAACGUGAUGACGACAGACUGACUUUUCUUCUGAACUGUCAUUGUCACUGGCCUCCAGUUUUGUGGUAUAGAGAAAUCACUAGAAGGUGUGAUGCAGGAGGUCUGUUUCAUGCCCUCUAGUGGUUUCUAGAUUGGCAUACUGUAUUGGUAGAAAUCUCAGGAGAAUUCAGUGCUGGGUUCUCAGACCCAGUGGGGGCGCUAACCUUGUCCUAUUCCAUCCUAUAUCAAUACGUUUAUCGGGUGGAAUUGUUCUUUAAUCUCUCAGUAGCUAGAGACUGCUGCAGACUGACUUUUUAAAUUAAAGUUUAUAUAUAUAUAUGUAUGGUACAACAGUCCAGACCCCUGAGAAUGCAAUUGCCUAUACAUACAAUGUACUGAAAUUUAAUAAUCUAAUUCAAAUACAUUAUGUAAAUUUGGAGGGAUGUAAAGGGAACUUUUUUUUUUUUUCAAAAGAAACAAAACACUAAUUUAUUUUUAAAGACGCAAAAUAGGACUGUGCAAUGUAUUUUUGUAAAGGCUUUUCAAAGUAUUUGUUUUUCAGUAAAUGUUUUGCUUGCUUCAUAUUGACAAGAUUAUUGAUAUGUUUUAAAUAAAGAGUUUACUUUUUGAGUGCAUGUAAUAUUUGAAAAGGUAAAUAAAGAGUACUACUUUUCUGUA